AUGCGAGUUCGUACCCAUUCGCAGCACCUGCCAAACCCAGUAGUACCUGAACAAUUGACAUUUACCCAAAUUCCAAGUGGUGAAAAAACUGCCUGCCUUGAGCCAAGCAUUUGCGGCUUACUUUUAACAAAACAGUGGCCGGAGGACUAUUAUCACUGUGAGUUCAGACACCAAGAGUACCCAGACAACUGGCUGGGCCCUCGAUUCUCCGAUAGUCAGUAUGAAAAUUCACACACAUGGAGCAGUUAUGAAGAGAACUGGGUCCAGCAAAAAGAAGAUAUUUGCUACAUUCAACAAGGAGGUGAUAUUGAAGCGGAAGAGGAUGAUGAUGAGUGGAGUCUUGGGGAACAUGGAUCAAACGUGGCGGGUCACCUAAACGCCCCUACAACCAGUCGAUCGAUGCAGAGCCGACAUUCAAACCAGAGACAGGCGGCGAACAUGAGGGAACGGAGGCGAAUGCACUCGAUUAAUCAUGCUUUUGAAGGACUGCGGGCCCGCAUCCCCACUCUGCCCUAUGAGAAACGUCUAUCAAAGGUUGACACACUACGUCUUGCAAUCGGCUACAUCAAUUUUCUGCAAGACCUUGUCACCAACGCAAGUUAUCAUGAGCAACCUAAUGGGAACCAACAAGAUGACUGCGCCGGAAGUGAGGGAGAUCCAACCGGCGAGCCGUCACGACAGGCGCGGACGAGAAAUUUUAUGGCCUCUGUUCAACGGUUCGCGGUGGCCGCUGCAAAUGCAGGCUCCUCCGAAGGAAGAGGUGGAGAGCGUCUGGGCUGCUGCCUACCCACCACCGUCUCCACCUCGGUCCAGCAGCCUAAGAGGAAAGUUAUACUCAAUUUGUCAGUUCACAUGGCUUGCCGACUAUCAUCAAAGGAGGCUCCCGAUAGAGAACCCAUUGCCGAUUUGAUUAAACUCCCAGGUCAGAUAUGGCGCAGGGUGAAACACUAUUCGCCUGCGGGCAGUAAUGAAGAUGAACCAACUAUCAUUGGCCACAGCAUCAGUUGGCAUCGGAAACUUAGUUCGUUUGAAGUUCCUUUUACAACUCAUAACAGAAGAACUCUUACAACAAAACUCUGGAGGCCUCAGUCACAGGUCCCCACCGCUCGGAGUCAUUAA